AUGGGGGGCGGCUGCGAGAACAGCAGCGCGCUGAGGGUGGAGGGCGAGGCGUGGGCGGGGUCCCCGUGCGACGAGCGCCUCUGCAGCUCCCUGCCGCUGCCCGCGCUCAUCCCGGUCACCGCCGUGUGCCUCGGCCUCUUCGUGGUGGGGGUGGCGGGGAACGUGCUGACCGUGCUGAUCCUGCGGCGCUGCCGGGAGCUGAAGACCACCACCAACCUGUACCUGGGCAGCAUGGCCGUGUCCGACCUGCUCAUCCUGCUGGGGCUGCCCUUCGACCUCUACCGCCUCUGGCGCUCCCGGCCCUGGAUCUUUGGCCAGCUGCUCUGCCGCCUCUCCUACUACCUGAGCGAGGCCUGCACCUACUGCACCAUCCUGCACAUCACGGCGCUCACCGUGGAGCGCUACCUGGCCAUCUGCUUCCCGCUCAAGGCCAAGGUGGUGAUCACCAAGCGCCGGGUCAAAGCGGUGAUCGGGGCCCUGUGGGCCUUCGCCCUGCUCUCGGCCGGGCCCUUCUUCUUCCUGGUGGGCGUGGAGCAGCGGGACAACCAGACCGACUUCAGCCGCGAGUGCCGGCUCACGCCGCUGGCCACCGAGUCCGGCCUGCUGGGCAUCAUGUUGUGGGUCACCACCAGUUACUUCAUCCUGCCCGUCCUCUGCCUCAACGUGCUCUACGGCCUCAUCGGCAGGGCGCUGUGGAGGAGCAAGGUCCGGCCCCAGGGCCCCAACGCAGCCCUCAGGGAGAAGGGGCACAGACAGACCAUCAGGAUCCUGGCUGUGGUGGUUCUGGCGUUUAUAAUUUGCUGGUUGCCAUUCCAUGUGGGCAGGAUCAUAUUUAUAAACACUCAGGAUACCAGCAUGAUGCUUUUCUCCCAGUACUUUAAUAUAUUCGCUUUGCAGCUUUUCUAUCUGAGCGCAUCCAUCAACCCAAUCCUCUACAACCUCAUUUCAAAGAAAUACAGGGCAGCUGUCUACAAACUCCUGCUCCCACGCAGAUCUGGAGAAAGGGCUUUCAGUGCUACCCGAGAUACUGGUGGCUACACUGAGACCAGCACUAGCAUAAAAAAAGAGUACAUAACCCCCUUCUGAGACUGCUUCAUGGAUGGACUUCUAGAGAGAUAAUCUAUAAAGGAAGGGCAGUUAAUUCUAGCAGUAUAGUCAUAAAAGACUAGAUUUUUGUUUUGCUAUUUGUGGAGUUUUAUAAUUCUUUGUAUUUUUUCUUAAUACUUGUAUUGUUCUGUUAAUAGAGAAAAUGAAUAGGCAACUUAGAACUGUGAGACUGGCAUAGAACUAGUGAAAGGCAACAAAAUAGCAAAGGGCAAGGUGAUGUCAAUUACCUAGAAACCCCAUUGUUAACUUAUUACAUGUCAAUCAGUAAAAACUGCUAUGUAAAAGUGUGUGAGAGACAGUGCCAAAUAUUAAGGUUGUUCUGUUUGGGUUUGCUAGCCAAGGAACCUCCAAGAGCGCCUUUGCCCUUUUGAAAUUGAUUUCUCAUUAACAAGAUCUUACAAACUAUAAGAAUCAUAGAAUAUCAGGGUUGGAAGGGACCUCAGGAGGUCAUCUAGUCCAAUCCCCUGCUCAAAAAAGGACCAAUUCCCAACUAAAUCAUCCCAGCCAGGGCUUUAUCAAGCCUGACCUUAAAAACCUCUAAGGAAGGAGAUUCCACCACCUCCCUAGGUAACCCAUUCCAGUGCUUCACCACCCUCCUAGUGAAAAAGUUUUUCCUAAUAUCCAACCUAAAUCUCCCCCACUGCAACUUGAGACCAUUGGUCCUUGUUCUGUCAUCUGGUACCAUUGAGAACAGUCUAGAUCCAUCCUCUUUGGAAUCCCCUUUCAGGUAGUUGAAAGCAGCUAUCAAAUCCCCCCUCAUUCUUCUCUCCUGCAGACUAAACAAUCCCAGUUCCCUCAGCCUCACCUCAUAAGUCAUGUGCUCCAGCCCCCUAAACAUUUUUGUUGCCCUCCACUGGACUCUUUCCAAUUUUUCCACAUCCCUCUUGUAGUGUGGGGCCCAAAACUGGACACAGUACUCCAGAUGAGGCCCCACCAAUGUCGAAUAGAGGGGAAUGAUCACGUCCCUCGAUCUGCUGGCAAUGCCUCUACUUAUACAGCCCAAAAUGCCGUUAGCCUUCUUGGCAACAAGGGCACACUGUUGACUCAUAUCCAGCUUCCCAUCCACUGUAACUCCUAGGCCCAACUGCAAAGAGGUCUGUGCAGGUGCAGGGGUCCAUCUAUAUGAGUGUCCUGCAAGAUUGGAGGUUGAUUUUAGGGUUUAAUUGUGCAAACAUGAGUAAUUUUACUCACAUGAAUAGCGUCACCAAGCUCCCCCCAAGUAAAUUUUCUCAUGUGCAUGCUUGUUUCCAGGAUCAGUCCCUUACAUAUGACCUGUACAAUUUAAUGGUCUCUAAUUUAUAUAAUAUGGACCAAUCCUCUGUAAUAAUUUUAAUAGCAGUGUUGUUCCUUAUUAAAUAUAUGCAUUUAUUAGCUCACAUUAGGUUAACUUUCUAGUUGAGACCGAGACCACAAAUUUUAAACCCAGACUAAAACUAGAUGAUUUAGUGAGGAAUGUGGUGGUGUCAGGCAGAGCUGUAGGAAGACAAGGUAUCGUUAUCUACAGAGAGUCAAAGCAUAUUGCUCAUACAUGAAGAGCCAAAUUUUUCUUUGAGCUACAUUGAUGUAAAUCUGGAACAACUCGAUUGAAACCAAUGGAGCUAAGCUGCAUUCACAUCAGCGUAAUUGAUCACAUGGCUACACUUUAAUUUUACUUGUGUUUUAACACGUUAGUUAACCCAUGUUAACUACCGUGGUUGUGUAUCCUUAGUGUAGUAACAUGUGUGUCCUGUCUACACUAAUGUUUACAAUGGUACGAGUGGACAUGUUAAAAUAUGACUAAAAAAUUCCAG